UGCGCCUUGAUCAUUGACGAAGUUCGUCUACAUACUGUCCAAAUGCACCCUCCCUCCCUCCAUUUGUCCCCCUGUCAGUCGCCGCCCCUCUCCACUGCAAUCGAUCAAUCAAAUCAAUCAAUCACAGAGGCAAAAACAGCCUCAACGAGCCAUGGUUGCAGCUGACCAGCCCCGCACAAAGAAGGCGUCCAUCGGCAGCUUGUACGUAACAGAAGCAAAUGGCGCUCGCAGCAUUGCCUUAGCUGUAUCACUCUGAUCCCGCUGACGACAAUAGUAGGCCUGCAAGCUGCCAUCCGCAUGGUCCAGCCCCCACUCUUUAUCGCUCUCGCAGUCGCUCAUUGCAUCGUCGUGACCCAGUCUCCCUCCCCCGUCUGAUGUACCAUCUCCAUCAACCGCGCGAUCGAUCAGCCCCAUGCCACCCUCGUGUUCCAUCUGGCCAGAGCCCAUUAGGCCUCCAUCGGUGCUGCUGACGGCUGCCGUGAAGCCGAAGGAGACACACAGGGACAGUGGCACCAACGCAUCGAGCUCCAGUGAAAAAGUGCACGUGACGGAGGAUUUGCUGUCAAUGGGGUCCAGCAAAACGCAGCGAGGGGACGAGUGACGGACGGAUGAGCCGCAGGUGGAGAAAGUCCUGGGAUGGAGCUGCAGUGUCGCGCUCAAAUUCUCGAGCAAGCGGUGAGUCGUGUUGUGGAUGUCGAUGUGAAGCAGCAGCCCGACAGCAGGGAUCAAGCGGGAAGCCUCGAGACGGCGGCAAAAUCUGGAGAGGUCAGAGAGAGGAACCUCAACACAGCGGCACACAUUGUGUCCUCUCACUUGGCUUGGUGUUGCAGGGUGAUCAUCAGUGGCGCCACGCUUAGCGUCACAGGCCGACCGAAGGUGUCAAUUCCAAGCCCUUCAGACUGCUUCACGAGCCCGUGAUGCCUCGUCAUUCCCUCAUCGCUCCACUCCCAGUAAGCCGCUAGCCAGUCAUCCCACUCCCAUUUCUCCUCUCCUUGCAAGGUCUUCACAUCCAUAGAUCUCUCGAUGACCUGCCGCAUCGAUAGGAGGUAGUCGACUGGCCGAUUCGCGUAUGUUGACAGGACGGACUCGGGAAUGGUGGCCUUCAAGUGUUCAGCGAUGGCACGCUGACAGCUCUGAAGCUCCUCUGCUGCUCUGUCGAUCAGCUGCAGGCACUGAGGCAACCACUCGCUCGGCACUGACUGGGUGGGCAGUUGGUCGGCCAGCCCCGCAAUCAUUCUCAUGAUGGCCAGGUGGCGCGUCGGGUUGAGAAUGCAGUCGUCUUUCUUCGAUCGUCCGCUCAGGGCCCGCAGAAGGCCAACAAGGCAAUGCAGACGGUGCAUGAAGCCACACAGCGCCACCGACGGAUCCGCUGCUCUCUUCUUUGCCACCAAUCCCUUGCCCAGAGACCAGCAGACGAUGUCAACGAAGGAAGGAGGGGCAGAAGGGUUUAUAAAAGGGGCAAUGAAGGUCGCCCACAGCACAUGGCUGAAAGCCAUGGUGCGCUCGACAAGGGUUGACCCCGCCAGUAGGUCAGCUGUCAGGCCCUUGUCGUCGACGGUCGCCUCGACAGUCACCACUUCCUUGUCGAGAGCCAGCUUGACUCCCUUGCUCUGUCCUCCCUUGGCAGCCGUCGUCAUGCCUCUUGCCACCUCCACCCACGCGCCCAUCGCAUCGCUGCUCGCCUCGCCCACCACCGUGCCCCACUGAGCCACACAGCUGUCGAGAGAAGACGGGAGAAGGCAUCCCUUAUGUGAAAGCUGCUUGGUGGCCCGCUCGGUCGCCUCUUCAGCACGAGACGUGCGGUAAGGCUCCACAGCAGCCCACUGGUUGACCGACAAAUUGCGUGCCGUCGCCGCCGCCUCUCCUCGUGUCCCCUUCGGCUGCCGCCGCGGCGGUCCUGCUUGUCUCGUGCGCCCCCGAAGGAACGUGAACGGCUGGUCUUGCGCCUUGGGCCGCCGCCUUCUCGGCUGCACGGCCGUCGCUCUCACUUUGGCGUUUCUCUCGUGAUAUAUCAGUCUGGUGAACGCAUCGGGGGCAGUAAGAGACGAGGCUGCAUCCGUUGGGGCAGAGGGAGGGGGAGCUGAGGCGCGAGGAACAGCAGAGGACUUUUGCAUUGACGCGGCUUGGUAGGAUGACAGGGUCGCCUUGGCAACGUGGAGGGUCGUCAGAUACCGGCGGACACGAUGAUGAGCGCUGGAAAUGCUGUCCACCACGGCGGCUGUCGUACCUUCCCUCGUUCUCCUUGCCGGGAGAACCCUAACAGAGGCACUGAUGGAUGGUGGCUGUGCGCGUGGCGAGCAGGGCAUGGCGUGGAGAGGCUGGAUGACGGCCGACAGAUGGCCGAUGAACUCCAGUAGAGCAGCUGGCGUAGAGUCAGGGUGGGUGGUGCGGAGGGAUGACGCAAAGUGCUCCAGCAGAGACAGGGUCGGUGGGGAGCCUGAAAGCGGAGUGAGAGUUUUCAGGCAGUGGUGUCCGUAUGCCUGACUUACCGUCUUGUGUUGAUGCCUUCUCUUCGUCCUUCCACACCCACGGGCCCUUGCUGUCCCCCUCGGUCUCCAUAUGUCCUCUCAGACGUGGCAGGUCCACUGUGCUCGCAGGGAAAGCGACGGUCAGCGCUGCCUGCACGGCCUCGUCGACCCUGUCACCCCUGCUGGUCCUUUCGUCAUCCGUGACAGCCUGUUGUAGUAGCCAGAGCAUGACGGUAGCGCGGCAGCCGAGGAAGGAAAGAAGGCGCUGGCAUGGGGGGUCCGGACGGGAUGGGGAUGGGGCCGACGGGUGUGGGAAGAAGGACUGGAGUGGUGAUGGACUGGGGAGCAACGACAGAAUGUCUGAUACCACAUGCCGGGCUAAGGCGAGAAUCUGACGCAAAGACAGAAACACGGAUCCGACGCGUUUACAGGCAUUGGUCCAUCCGCUGUGCCGCUUUUCCUUCCUGCCCUCACCUGUUGCGCAUCUUGCCGCUCGAUAGCCUCCCUUCCCCUGGCCCUCCCCAUGACGGCUAUGACGCCGAGCCGCCACAGCCACACCUCUUUCAUCACUAGUCGCCUCACAACGUCAUCGCCCCCCUCAUCCUGCUGUAAAUCGGCCACGCUCAUGACAUUCUCGCACUGCACAUCCCAUAUGCACGGCAGACCGCACAGCGCCCAGCCCAUGCCGGUGCCAUCGCCACCCGACAGGAGCGCAGGCACCGACCGUACCACCUCGGCGAGCGAUGGCAGGAUGGCGGUGAGGAGGUCGUCAUAGGUGGCGUUGUGCUCUGCGAGGAGGUCAACCAGGGUGAGGACGGCACAAGACGGAUGCAGGCGACACUGCGACGCGUCGCUGUCUGUGGGGCGAUGGAGGGCGGUGGAUAUGAGGAAGUCCAGGAUUGAGAGCGAUGUGGUGAAUAGUGGCUGAAUGGAAUGGCGAAGAGACGGAGGCCCUCGCGAUGCCUUCUCGACCAGGGUGAGGGGGGACAGGGCUGCUUGAAUGUAACGGGCACACAUAGCGCGAUCGCCAGACAUGCUCAGGCCCUGCCAGCAAUGAACCAACCAAGACAGUCAUCAAGAUUGUGUCACAAAGUCGUCUGCUCUUUGUAAGUGACUGACCAUGCCAUCGCCGGCCGUGAAGGUAGCGUAGCUCGCAAUCUCCUCCGCCGUGUCCUGUCCCCUCCUGUUGGUGAGAUUGGCCACAAAUGGCCACGCCAGGACCGAGGCACGCCCAGCCGCCUUGAUCGCCCAACGACCCAUCUCCACCACACCCAUACCAAUACCCACACCAGCAGAACCAUCAGCAGAGGCCGGCGUGCAUUUCACUAGGUCCACAAGAGCACACACGAUGAACAUGAGAGGGUCGACCGGCUCGUCAGAUGAAGCAUAUGGCUGAGGGGGGUUGCGCAGCGGGUGAGUGCGGGUGGCAUCCAGGAGGGUGGUGGCUGGAUAAGACGACACCACAAGCGCUUCGGGCACGUGUGCGAUGAAGCGGAGGGCGGCGAUGGCCAGACGCUCCUUGCCAGAGAGGGGGCUGUUAGCGUCCUUGUGCACGUUGCUUUUGUCAAGGAUGGCUGCAAGUGUCGCAUAGAUGUCGUUCAGGGCAGCGACGAUCAACAGCUCACCAAGACUGGCUUGACACGCAUCGCCAGGGGAGGUGUCGUCCGCCGCCUCCUUCGCCAGCGGGUAGAGCCCCCUGCUGGCUGCCGAUCCGCCGCCUAACACACAGCGGACAAUCGCGGAGGCGUCUUCACGGCCAAGGGCCGCGCUCAAGCAGGAGACCAUCAUGUCGUAGGCCUGUAUCUUGAGACUGGCAAUCGAUGCUUGUGCGCUGGCAUCGCCCCGGGACUCACGGGAUGGUGCGGCCAUGAAGAUGGCGCGGGUGAGGGCCGGCAGAUAGGCCAGCGAUGGGUGCAGCGCAGGCCUGGGAGAACGGAGAGCGUCUUCGAGCGACUUGGAUAAGACUGUGAGUGAAGUCGCCUGAACACGUAACACACCACAUCAUUCACCACACACACGUGGAUGCAUUCAAUGCAUUGCUGAGAACUUCAGUCGUCUGACCAUCUUCUUGAGCCGCGCCUGACCAUCUUCUCCUGCUCCAUGAGAAUCUUCCGCCAUUUGCUUCGCAUCCACAAUCAGACCACUGCAG